AUGCUAGACAAUUACUAUGAUCUUGGCUCAUAUCGUCGUGCGGUGACGACCGACUCCCCAGAUGCUCAGCUCUGGUUCAAUCGGGGGCUAUUGUGGGCCUAUUCCUUUAACCAUGAGGAGUCGACUCGUUGCUUUGAGAAGGCCACCUCAUACGACCCAAAUUGCGCCAUGGCAUUUUGGGGCGUAGCCUACGCCUGCGGUCCAAAUUACAACAAAUCUUGGGCCCGGUUUGAUAAGAAAGAUUUAGAAAGUACUGUUACGAAAGCAAAUGCUGCACUAGCUCGUGCCCUGAACCUCGCUGAGGAAGCUUCCCCGGUGGAACGGGCGGUGAUCAACGCCCUUGUCGCGAGAUUCCCGGCUGGCGAGAUCCCUAGUGACCUUAGGAAGCUGGAUGACGCCUAUGUCGAUGCUAUGCGCCCAGUCUAUGCGGCUUAUUCUGAAGAUCAAGACGUGGCGACCUUGUUCGUUGAUGCGCUCAUGUGUCGUCGAUCCCGGGCGCUCUGGAACGUCGAUACAGGUGAGCCCAGCGAUUAUUGCACAGUCGAAGCCCGUACCGUUCUGGAGUCAGCGUUGGCAAAACCGGAUGGCUACGAGCAUCCGGCACUCUGUCAUCUAUACAUCCACCUUAUGGAAAUGUCACCCGUGCCCGAGUUGGCCUUGCUCGCAGCCGACCGAUUGCGACAGCUUGUCCCGGAGGCCUCCCAUAUGCUGCACAUGGGGACACACAUUGACCUUGCGUGCGGAGACUAUCGCCGCGUUAUUGCAUCAAAUAGCGACGCAAUGGCAGCUGAUGAUAAGUAUUUUGCACUUGAAGGGGGAUCCACCCUCUACACCGCAUAUCGCGCACACAAUAUCUACACAAAGGUGUAUGGUGCCAUCAUGUGUGGCCGCUUUAAGGACGCAAUUUCCGCUGCGAAACGACUUUGGGAGAUCUUAGAUGUUAAGACUUUGUCAAUUACAAGUCCUCCGAUGGCCGACUGGACGGAGAGCCAACUUGGCGUCUUGCCGCAUGUGUUGGUCCGAUUCGGUCGUUGGGACGAUAUUCUUCGUCUGGAGCUGCCUACCGACCAGAAGUUAUACUGUUCCACAACGGCAAUGAUGCUAUACGCGCGUGGCGUCGCCUUCAGCGUGCUUGGUCGCAUUGAAGAGGCAGAGCGUACGAUGUCCGAAUUCGAAGCUGUACGCGCGAGAGUCCCAAUCUCCCGUCUCAAUAGCUUGCCCAGCAGAGAGGUCGAUGUCCUGAAAGUUGCGGCUGCUAUGCUCAAAGGCGAGCUUGAAUAUCGCAAGGGGAAUCUUAAGGUGGCGUUCUCAACGUUACGGGAAGCUGUCCAGUUGGAGGAGGCAAUCCCAUUUUGCGAUCCGCCAGCAUGGAUGCAGCCCGUUCGCCACGCCCUUGGUGCGCUCUUACUUGAACAGAACCGAAUCGAGGAGGCCGAAGAAGUUUACCGAGAAGAUCUUGGUCUUAGUGACACUUAUCCACGCGUCCGUGCCCAUUUCAACAAUAUUUGGGCCCUCCAUGGGUUGUACGAGUGCUUCAUACGGUCUGGUAAGCACAAGGAGGCUUUGCUUCUUCGCAGUCAGCGUGACUUUGCACUUGCCUCUGCUGACACAGCUAUCACGGCUUCUUGUUACUGUCGAUUAUCGACUGGGGAUAAUAUCACGGCCUGUUGUUCUACAUCUGCAAAGUCCACUUUAUGA